AUGGGUCCGACUGCGCCGUACUCACCAUCCCAGAACGGAGUCUCUGAGAGAUUGAAUCGCACACUGCUUGGACUAGCGCGCGCGAUGAUCUAUGCGAGAGAUCUACCUCGUUAUCUUUGGGCUGAAGCGAUUGCUCACGCAGUCUAUAUUAAAAAUAGAUCGCCUACCCAGGUGUUAAAUGGGGCAACUCCCGAAGAAAAAUGGAAUGGGACGAAACCAAAUAUCUCGUACCUACAAGAAUUCGAUUCCCCCGUAUGGGUCCUCACGGAAGACGCAACACUAUCAAAGCUAGCGCCCCGUGCCAACAAGUAUAUUUUUGUUGGAUACAUGGACGGACCCAAAGCCAUCAAAUAUUAUGAUGCGCACAUGUGCCAGAUUAAAAUCUCGCGUAAUUUCCAAUUUUCUUCGAAUUCCCCGGACCAUUUGCCCGGCAACGCGCCUCACGUGCCACAAGAGCAAAUAGGAUCCGACGUACCUAUCCUCACAGCACAGCGUGAGGGGGAGCAAAAUAUAUUUCCGGGCACUUUACCUAGCAAUGCGUCAGACGUGCCGCAUGCGGAAAGGAGACCCGAAGUCCCAAACCUCACAACGACCGCAGACGUGCGGCGCGAGGGGGAGUUAGGAACUUCCGCGCCACAGUCACCUGCCAAAAAUCCGCGGAAGCGCAGACAGGAUCAUGAUCCUGAUCAACGCAAGGAAAGUGGGACGGCCGCACCAAGCCAGCCCAGACGAACCAGAAGAAAGACAGUUCAGCAUGAUUACCGUCUAAUGCAUGACCCAGAGGCAGACGAAGAUCUGGAUAAUGAUUCAGAUAAAUCAAAUGCCGAAUUAGUCUAUAUUGCGAUGAGCGUCCACAGAAAUGCGGAUGCGGACGAGCCAAAGACGCUCAGUGAUGCCAAGAGAUCACUCGAGUGGCCCAAAUGGGAACAGGCAGUCCAGAUGGAACUCAAUCAACUACAGGGUAUGGAGACUUGGGAGUUAGUGGAACCUCCCGAAGAUCGAAAACCCGUAGGAAAUAAAUGGGUUCUAGUUAAGAAAACAAACAAAGAGGGUGAAAUAAUCAAAUACAAAGCCCGCCUGGUUGCGAAGGGAUAUUCUCAAAUCCCAGGCAUGGACUAUACCGAGACGUUUGCGCCCGUAGUCCGCCUCGAAACCAUUCGAGCUAUCCUCGGGCUAGCCGCAAUCUUAGAUUGGGAGAUCGGACAGAUGGACGUGAAAGGCGCCUAUCUUAAUGGAACUCUCAAAGAAGAAGUGUAUAUGCGGCAACCCGAAGGAUACAGCGAUGGAACAUACCGCGUAUGUAAAUUAAAGAAAACCCUCUACGGGCUAAAGCAGUCUGGCCGAGAAUGGAAUAUCGUGCUGAACCGCAAGUUAUUAGACGCAGGAUUCAAGCGCCUAUUCUCGGAUCCAUGUGCGUACAUUCGGAUCAAAGGUGAUAAGAUAGAAAUCGUCACCGUUUGGGUGGACGACCUAUUAAUAUUCACCAAUGAUUGCGCACUGAUGGACCAAUUGAAGAGGGAACUCCGAAAUAUGUUCGAAGUUACCGACCUUGGCGAACCCCGAAAAAUUGUGGGGAUAGAAAUUGAGAGAGACCGUUCAAAGCAGACAAUCAAAAUCUCUCAGACAAAAUAUAUUGAGUCUAUCCUACACAAGAAUGGGCUUACGAACGCCAACACAGUCGGGAUGCCUCUUGAUCCAAAUACAGUGCUUGAAAAAGAAGAACCCAAAACUGAUGAUGAAUGCGACCGAGACAACGGAUAUGCAUCGCUCGUCGGAUCACUGAUGUACGCAGCAAUUGCCACGAGACCAGACAUUGCUCACGCCGUGCAACGGCUUAGCUCAUUUACUGCCAAUCCCGGAAUGGCUCAUUGGACUGCUGCUAAAUGCGUCCUCCGCUAUCUAUCCGGAACGCGAGAACUUGGAAUAAUCUACGGGCCAAUUGCAGAUGUCAAGCCUGAAGAUCAAUCCAUAUUUGUGGGCUACUCAGAUGCAGACUAUGCGAACGAUAUCCGAGAUCGCAAAUCAAUCUCGGGAUAUUUAUUUAAAUUAGGAAAUGGCACGAUCAUGUGGAGCUCAAAGAAGCAAACCACGGUCGCGUCAUCCACCACGGAAGCCGAAUACAUGGCAUCCGCUGAAGCGGCAAAAGAAGCCGUAUGGCUCCGAACACUAUUCAAAGAAAUAGGUUUCGAGCAACAAGAUCCUACAAUUUUAUUCGAGGAUAAUACAGCGGCGAUCUCAAUCGCACGUGAUCCCCAAUUUCACGCGAAAUCAAAACAUUUUGAUGUAAAGCAUCAUUAUGUGCGCGAAAAAUUGAGGGAUAAAUAUAUUGAUAUCCACUACUGUCCCACGGAGGACAUGAUAGCGGAUAUCCUAACAAAGUCACUCCCUAAGCCGAGGCACGAGAAGCUCACAAAGAAGCUCGGAAUGCCCAUCGGCUUGAGGGGGAGUGUUGGAAAGUAG